CAGCAUCUGGUGAUGGGCGGCUCACGGCCCUCCUCCACGGGACAUCUGACGCCAACGCAAGGAGUUUGUUUCAGUGUCGAAUCAAAAAUGUCUAAACUUUCCACUCAGCUCUGGUGAUGACCCUUAUUAAUGCAUGUGUUAGCCACCAACUGUUGUACCAACGCCGCCGCCAACAAAAUGACCAGCAAGCCGAAAUUUAGCUUUGAAAGUGAACCACAGGUCACCAUCGACGAUGUGGAUGACAGCGCCGAGGACCGGAUUGCGGCAAGUUUCGCCGGGCGCACACUAUUCAUUACAGGCGGCACUGGCUUCCUUGGGAAAGUGCUGGUGGAGAAAUUACUCAGGUCCUGCGGUCAGUUGAAGAAGAUUUACUUGUUAAUUCGUCCAAAGAAGGGUAAAAAUCCACAGGAGCGCAUUAAGGACAUUUUUAGUAAUGUGCUCUUCGAUAUGGUUAAGCAACAACGCGGCGAGUCAGAAAUUCUCAGUCUUGUGGAGGCCAUUGAAGGUGAUGUCCUGUUACCGGGUUUGGGUAUUUCAGAAGAAAAUUUGAAGAAACUACGCGAGGAAGCUUCCAUUGUGUAUCAUUGCGCGGCGACAAUACGAUUCGACGAGCCCCUACGCAAAGCAGUCUUCAUGAAUACACGUGGUACACACUAUAUGCUGCAACUGGCAGCUACACUCAAACGGCUCGACUUAUUUGCUUACGUUUCCACGGCCUAUUGCCAUCUACACAUCAAGACUCUCUACGAGAAACCAUACGAUCCACCAGCAAAUCCACAUCAAGUCAUGCAAGCUUGCGAAUGGCUCACCGAUGACGAAGUGUCUACAAUUGAGAAGAAAAUCUUAGGUGACAUUCCAAACACUUACGCCUACACCAAAUCGCUAGCCGAAGCACUGGUCGUGGAGAAGUUCGAUGAAUUGCCCACCAUCAUACUGCGACCCUCUAUUGUCAUACCGAUCUGGAAGGAGCCGCUACCCGGUUGGACGGACAAUAUAAAUGGCCCGACCGGUUUGCUGAUCGGCGCCGGCAAAGGUGUCAUACGCACGAUGUAUUGCAACUCCUCGGGUUAUGGUGACUUCUUGCCAGUGGAUGUGGCUGUGAACGGCAUGCUGGUGGCUAGUUGGCAUUACCUAACGGCCACUGAUCGCAGUCAAGUUAAUCGUGUGGCGCAUAUGACCAGUUCGAAUGACAUUAAAGUGUCGUGGAAUGAGAUUAUCGAAUGCGGACGUUGGGUCAUUGAGAAUAAGAUACCGCUGAACGGUGUGGCCUGGUAUCCGGGUGGUUCCAUGAAGUCCAAUUAUUAUGUGCAUUUCGUGUGUAUGGUGCUCUUUCAUUGGAUACCGGCGUUGUUCGUGGAUGCGUUACUUAUACUGCUGCGCUAUCCGCCGGUUCUAUGGCGUGUACAAAAACGCAUCAAUAACGGUUUCCAAGUAUUCGAAUACUAUGCGAACAAUAUUUGGAAUUUCGAUAACUCCGCGGUAGUUAACAUACGUACAUUAUUGAAUAAAAAGGAGCGUCUUACAUAUGUUAUAGAAAAGAUCGAUGUGGAUUUGGUUGACUACUUCACGCAGUGUAUACUCUGUGCGCGUCGUCUCAUAUUGAAUGAAAGUGAUGAUACCAUACCUGCCGCCAGGAGACAUAUGAAAAUCAUGUGGUGCGUGGAUAAGUUCGUGAAAGGCCUGUGGUGUGCUUUGUUUGGUUAUAUAUUAUAUCGUUAUGUGUUUUCCGGAUAUCUUAAUAACGUUACGACAUUAGCUCAACCGCUGGAGUCAUUUUAGUUUAUGCUCUUUUUAAUGAAAAAUAAUGUGUUUUUUUUUGUUUAUUUACUUUAAGUCAAUAAUAGCAUAAUUUUUAUACCAAAUAAUUAUAUAAUUUGUUAAAUAUUUGUAUAAAUAUAUAUAAAUACAAUUUUAUUGAAUAUAAUGGGAUUGAA